CAAGGUGGCAACACUGCGACCAUCGGUCAUCUUUAAUUUUACCUUCAAAUCCUUGUGAAAAAAGAUGUCAGGAAGAAAAAUUGAAGCAGAAGUUGAAACAUGAUUGAUAAUUACAGUCAUAUUGACCCUACCAUAUUUUAUAUUUCUGAAAGCAUACCGGGACCACGAGAAAAUAGUAGUGAAUAUUUAAAUUUAAUAAAUAAUUAUAAUUCUCAAAUCACACAAAGUUGUGACUGUGUUGAAAUAUGUCCCGAAAAAUGUGAUUGUAUUUUACUAAAUGCUGUAAAUAACCGAACCAUUCAAACAUCUACAAAUAGUAAAAUUGAUGGGAACAACGAAAUUGAGAACCUGGGAAAAAUUCGCAUAUUAGAAUGCAAUGAUGUCUGCACUUGCAGUGAAAAUUGUCCUAAUCGUGUGGUCCAAAAAGGUCCAAUCAAAAAUCUUUCUGUAAAACUUUGUAGCAAUGAAGCCAAAGGAUAUGGUCUUUUCACAAUAACAUGCAUUCCAAAAGGAACUUUUAUUUGUGAAUAUGCUGGUGAAAUAAUUACUAAAAGUGAAGCUGAAAGAAGACAAUCCACCAAUUUGUCAAGGCAGAAUAUGAAUUACAUAUUUUGUUUGAAUGAAGUUGUAGGAAACAAAAGUAUGCAAACAUAUAUUGAUCCUAGUGUAUUUGGUAAUAUAGGGCGCUAUAUAAAUCAUAGUUGUUCACCAAAUUCUAUAGUGUUGCCUGUGCGCAUUAACUGUCCUAUCCCAAAAUUGGCAAUUUUUAGUUGUCGAGAUAUAUUUCCUGAAGAAGAAAUCACUUUUCAUUACGGUAUUGACAGUUUCAUUUGUUCCACACAAAACAUAUUGAAUGAAAGAAAAUUGUGUUUAUGCUUGAGUCCCAAAUGCAGCGGUUCUAUUCCUUUCAAUCCAUUUUGAUUUAAAUUAUGUAAUUUGAAAUGUGGUUAAAGCUGUACCCUCUAACCAAAGGUCAGGGGGAAUGUUGGACCCAGACUUGACCAUUUUUUUCAUGCAUACAGAAACCAAAGUGUUCUUAUUUAUGUGAGUAUUUCUUUUCUGGGAAAUUAAUUAAGUUAUGGGAGAAAAUGUCUUUAACAUUAAUUUAUGAUUCACUAGCUACACCCUGCGGUUUCACCCGUGUAAGUCUGUAUCCUGUAGGAAUAUCAGGA